AUGGUUGCUCCAAGCUGUGGUCUGCCUAUCCUGGCAGCAACCACCAAUGUCUUUGCCUACGACAAUCUGUUCGCCUUCGACAGUGUGCCCGAAAUCGAGAACAGGACCCUCGAAGAGAUACACAAAGCUGCCCUUGCCGAAGGUGGAGUCGUCAACUGCUGGCAUGGAGGCGAUGAGCCAAACCAGCAAGGCUUUCUGAAGCAAAUAUUCGAAGAAAGAUUCCCCGGCAUGACGCUAAACAUUACCGUUGAUCUAUCAAAGUACCACGACGGCCGACUGGACGAGCAGCUCGCCAAUAGCAACGUCCAUGUCGACAGCGUUAUCCUCCAGACACUCCACGAUUUUCCCCGCUGGGAAAACCAAGGCGCGCUUCUUAAGUACGCUCCACUCGGCUUUGAUGCAAUUGACGGCGCAUACAAGAACGUCGCAACCGCGGCAUACUACGGUGUCUACCAUCUUGCCUGGCAGUUGUUUUGGAGCCCCUCCAAGCUGCCCAACAUUACGAUCAGCGAAUUUGACGACUUUCUGAGGCCCGAACUGAAGAACAAGAUCGUGCUGACCUAUCCCAACGACGACGACGCUGUCUUGUUUGCCUUUGACCUCAUCCUACAAAGGCACGGCAUAGAGUGGCUGGAUGCCCUUCUCGCACAGAACCCCCGCUGGGUCCGCGGCACUGGGACCCCCGUUACCCUGACCCUGACCCCGAAUUGCACUGAGGCGGCAACCUUCACGAGCUUCGCUGGCUUCGCCGCCGUUCCAGGCUCCAAAUACUCGCUUCCCACCCAGACCCAGUUUGUGUCGUGGCCGCAGACCGCCGCCAUCCUCAAGGACGCGCCCCACCCCGAGAGUGCCAAGCUGCUGCACUCCUUUGUGCUAUCGCCCGAGUUCCAGCAGAUAAUGGGCUGGCCUGUUCGCCAUGAUGUGCCAGUGGCGGAAAACUUCUCGCAGCUACCGCUAAAGGAUAUCCCGUCGACAAACCCUGCGGCUUUUGGUCGCUUCAUGGCGGAUCGCGGGAGGGUUGAGAGGCUGCGCUUCUUCCUUGAGGAUCGUAUCGGAUCUGCUCGGGGUCUGAGCCCGCUCGUUGACGGCCUCUGA